AUGUUUUCGGAGGAGGAGCACGAGCUCAGAGUGCUGAUUAAUUCGUUCAAUAUGUGCCUGAUGACUUCCAAUUUUUCGAUAGAAUAUUUGCUAGGUAUCGGCACAGCACAACAUCAGGAUGACCAAAAUGACCGUAUCGAUUUGCAGCUUGAAGGUGGUGAUUUAUGGGAACAAUUUCAUAAUCUUGGCACAGAGAUGAUUGUUACAAAAAUGGGGAGAAGAAUGUUCCCCACCAUCCAGAUUACGGCCUAUGGAUUGGAGGCUGAUGCUCAAUAUUCGUUUCUAGUCGACCUGGAGAGUAUUGAUUCUAAAAGAUAUCGGUAUUCUUUUCAUCAGAGUCGCUGGAUCGCCACGGGCCCAGGUGAGCCGGAGCUACCGUCCCGUGUCUUUGUCCACCCGGACUCUCCCGCCCCCGGCUGUCAUUGGAUGGGCGGUCCCAUCUCUUUUGACAAGAUCAAGCUCACCAACAACCAGAUGGACAAGCGCGGACAUAUUAUCGUAAACUCAAUGCACAAAUACCGGCCACGGAUACAGGUUAUAAAGCAUGGCGCUGAGGAAAAGCGGGCCCUGUUUUCGUUUGAAGAAACAACUUUUGUGGCUGUCACGGCAUAUCAGAAUCAUAGGAUCACCUCCCUGAAAAUCGAGCGGAACCCCUUUGCCAAGGGCUUUCGAGACGGGGACGUGGAUGAAUUGAAGCAAAUCAAUAUUUUUACACCACUUCUUACGUUGAUAAAGAACUUUGAGCCU